CAGUGUGUUACACAAAUGCAUAGAAUUAUUGACUCCACAACAUCAUUAGCAGGAAAUCAAACAACCAACAGUAAGAACCCAACUUUGUGGUACUACCCCACCAUGUUGGGUAUCAUGGAUCAUCACCAAGACACUGUCCGGAAAUGUAAAACGGAGACUUUGCCUCCAGAGCGCAGGAAAAGGACUGUGGAGGAUUUCAACAAGUUUUGCAGCUUUGUCCUGGCCUAUGCCGGGUACAUCCCACCUCAAAAAGAAGAGAGUUCAUGGUCUCCGUCUUCAUCUCCAUGUGCACACGAGCUUUCUGAGCUCUCGGGCGAAGGCUCCGUAAAGGACAGCUGGACGGACACGCACCCCGACCUCAACAACAUUCACAGUUUGGUCCACAAAGCUGAGACGGACAGCAGCAGCACAGACUUCAGCCAUCUUCAGUCAGACAGCUCCUUAGACAAGAUGAGAUUGAAAGACUCUCUGAACGAGAUCAGUCUGCAUAGUAAAGCUGAGAGAAAGAAGGUGAAGAAACUCGGACGGUUGUCUUUAGGAGGACCAAGGAAAACCAUCUCAGAGGCAAGAGCGCACAAACAAUCGAAAGCAGCACUAAAGAAAAUGAAGAGAUCGGUAAAAGCUGAGAGACACUUUCCAUCCACAAGUCCUUUGAACGAUGGGCUUCAAAAGGACGAGGGCUUAACAGAACAGGCCGUUCACAUGCACGAGGCGGGGCUUAAACUGGAGUCCAAUCCAGAAACAGACCUGAGCUCUUGCGAAACGGACACGUUGGUGACUGACGAAGAUAUUAUGGUAGAGUCUGGUGACGAUUCAUGGGAUUUGAUUACGUGUUAUUGUGGGAAGCCUUUCGCCGGACGUCCCAUGAUCGAAUGUGACGAGUGCUCCAUAUGGGUCCAUCUCUCCUGCGCUAAGAUUAAGAAGUCCAACGUACCCGACAUUUUCUACUGCUACAGAUGCAGGGACUCUCGGGGCUCCACGGUCAAAAGAGACCACUGAGAAUGAAUGUAUGGGUGCGGAUCCUGUGUGUCUAUUUAAACGGAUGAGAUAUCUGUGCUUUUUACUUUUUCUGAUUACUCUUAAGUAGUUUCUGUUAAAUUAAAAAAAGCUGAUUUAUAUGA